GCAACAAGAAGCCGCAGGGCUUCUUGGCCCGCAGCCUCUUCACCUUCCACAACAGGUGCCAACUGAUGCUGAGGAUGACGCUGGACACGAAUGACUUUCUGUACAAAAGUUUUGUCUAGAAAAAUUGAUUGCAGCCAUAUUUUUCUAGAUCCAUAUGCUCAACUUCUUCUUGAGGCUAUGAAGCAAUCUGGUUGCACUGUCUUCAAUGACCGGCACUUUUCUUGUGAAAACUGUGAUGGCUGUGUCAGUGGAGGUUUUGACUCUGCCACAUCUCAGAUUGUUCUGUGUCAGAACAAUAUUCGUCACCAAUCCCAUAUGAACCGUGUGGUAACACAUGAAUUGAUUCAUGCUUUUGAUCACUGUCGUGCACAUGUUGACUGGUUCAAAAAUGUCAAACACUUAGCAUGUUCAGAGAUUCGAGCUGCUAAUCUCAGUGGAGACUGUACACUGAUGAAUGAAAUAGCCAGAUUUAAAUUUGGAUUAAAGCGACACCAUCAGACUUGUGUACGAGACAGAGCUAUUCGUUCCAUUCUGGCUGUUAGAAAAGUUAGCAAAGAAACGGCAGAAAAAGCUGUGGAUGAAGUUUUUGAUGCCUGCUUCAAUGAUCUGGAACCAUUUGGAAGAAUCCCACACAACAAAUCAGAUGCAAAACGUGCUUAUAAAGACUUUCAGAACCGAGAUCGAUAUAAUGCUAAUUUGUAAAAGAAAAAACAUGAAAAAUUAUUUUAAUAUCUGAUUAUGCCUAGGUUAAGCCUGCGCACACAGCUCUGGUGAAAAGGGCAGUUCUACCAAGUGAAUCAGUUCAUUUUGUAGACUUUUUCCGGGAGCUAAAUUCCGUGGAUGUAAACGAAGUAAAGAAGACUAUAAACAGUGUGAUUCCUCACCUAUUAUUUCAGCAAGAUCAUUCAGUGUAUCAAAUGACUUGGCAAAUAAGACCUAUUCUGCACAAUUCAGUGCAAUUUAAUUGUGCUCAGUAUGAUUAGGACUUUGUUUCUAUAAUUUUGGUCUUUACUGAAUAAAUCUUUUCAUAAAUCUUUAAA